AUAUAGGACAUGGGUCCUUUGUUCUGAUCACCUCCAAUGAGAUAAGAAUCUAUAAAGCUGGUAGGAAAAUGAGUCCGUGACCAAAAUGCUUACUCAGUAACUAUAGGAGAUCAAACAAAUUUUAUAUGAAAUCUGAACUCUACUAAGACAAAGCAAUUGUUUUCUUUGAAAAAUAUGUAGGGUUUAGAAAAUUUCUGGGAUUGGUCUGUAAAAUACCCUUUGGGCUCUAAUGGUGACGUUUUAGGGAAACACUUGUAUCUCAAGGUGGGAAGGAUAGGAGGUGGUGUUUUGUGGGCUCCUGUGGUGGUUAGGUCGUUCUCAGAAGACAGUACUGGAAAUUAGAUAAUUGCUGAUGUCAUAUUUUUCAAAUAAAAAAAAAUGUAGGUAUCCUGGGGGCUAUAAAAGCAGCAACUUCUACCUUCCCUAUCACAAGCAGAAUCUUCAGAACAGGUAAGCGUUUCAGCAAACUUGGUAUAAUUGGUUAGUUUGAUGAGAUACUUUUGACUAAUUUUGUUCCUUCACGUUGUCUUCGACCAGGUUCUCCUUCCCCAGUCACCAAUUGUUCGAAUUAGAGUUUUCUGCAAUGACUGCCCUGCAGAAAUCUGUGAGCUCUUUCCUUAUGGGGUCUCUGGCCACCAGCUACCUCCUUCUCUUGGCCCUCUCGGUGCAGGGAGGAACAGCUGCGCCCAUCAGCUCCCACUGCAGGCUUGACAAGUCCAACUUCCAGCAGCCCUAUAUCACCAACCGCACCUUCAUGCUGGCUAAGGAGGCUAGCUUGGCUGAUAACAACACAGACGUUCGUCUCAUUGGGGAGAAACUGUUCCGCGGAGUCAGUAUGAGUGAGCGCUGCUAUCUGAUGAAGCAGGUGCUGAACUUUACCCUUGAAGAAGUGCUGCUCCCUCAGUCUGAUAGGUUCCAGCCUUAUAUGCAGGAGGUGGUGUCCUUCCUGGCCAGGCUCAGCAACAGGCUAAGCACAUGUCAUAUUGAAGGUGAUGACCUGCAUAUCCAGAGGAAUGUGCAAAAUCUGAAGGACACAGUGAAAAAGCUUGGAGAGAGUGGAGAGAUCAAAGCAAUUGGAGAACUGGAUUUGUUGUUUAUGUCUCUGAGAAAUGCCUGCAUUUGACCACAGCAAAGCUGAAAAAUGAAUGACUAACCUCCUUUCCUGCUAGAAAUGACAAUUAUAUCCCCCAAAGUGAUUAUUAUUAUUAUUUUUUACCAAAAAGAAGAUGGGAAGCCAAACUUCAUCAUGAUGGGUGGAUUCCAAAUGAACCCCUGCUUUACUUACAAAGGAAACCAAUGCCACUUUUGUUUAUAAGACCAGAAGGUAGACUUUCUAAGCAUAGAUAUUUAUUGGUAACAUUUUAUUGUAACUGGUGUUCUAUACACAGAAAAUAAUUUAUUUUUUAAACAAUUGUCUUUUUCCAUAAAAAAGAUUAAUUCCCAUUCCUUUAGGGGAAAAAAAUCCUAAAUAACUUAAUGUUUCCAUAAUCAGUACUUUAUAUUUAUAAAUGUAUUUAUUAUUAUUGUAAGAAUGCAUUUUAUUUAUACAUUUUAUUAAUAUGGAUUUAUCUAUAGAAACAUUAUUUGAUAUUGCCACUUGAGUUUAAGGCUAAUAUUCAUAUGUAUGACAAUAAUUAUAGAGCUAUAACACGUUUAUUUGACCUCAAUAAACACUGGGUAUCC